AUGUCGCGAGAAGCGCGCCAAGCUGCUGAGCAUGCGGCGAAGCUGACAGCGCUUCAGAGGUUGACACAUUACCUACAGAUGACGACCCAUCAGCGGGAAGCGAAGCCGGAAUUUGAUGAAGAAGAACUCAAAGGGCCCAAGACGAUGUGGCGGGCGUCCUAUGAAGGAUUCAGUUCGACAGGGGCGUCGAAGAAGGAAGCUCGUGAGGCCACUGCCGCACAGGUCAUGCACCAUUUGUCAGAGGUUGGAGCUGUUCAUGAGAAGGAGUUUGCAUCCCGCAAAGCUUUCGUGGCGAAGAAGCGUGAAGAAGCUGGCCGAUGCUUGCUGUCUGGGCACUGGGACGCAAAGACCGGCUCUGAAAAGGGCAAUACGCUGGAUGGGCUUUGCAUAGACGGGAGUUGUAAAUGUUUUAGUCGCAGUCGCAGCCCGCGCCGGCGUCCGCCGUAA